UCCAAAAGAAACCACUUCUCCAACCUUCAUAAUCCAAACAACAACCAACCCUUUCUAGAAAUUAAGAUGAAGGCUGUUACCGGCGAGUCGAGUGAGCUAAAGAGUUCCAAACUCAAACCAGGGGUGAACCGCGGUUUAUCGAUAUUCGAUUUCAUCCUAAGGUUGGCAGCCAUUGUUGGAGCCUUAGGAAGUGCAAUAGCUAUGGGAACAACCACCCAGACUCUUCCAUUUGCCACACAGUUUAUUCAGUUUAGAGCUGAGUAUAAUGAUCUUCCUAUGUUUACCUUCUUUGUUGUAGCCUGCGCCAUUGUAAGUGGCUACUUGGUUCUAUCUCUGCCUCUUUCUAUAUUCCACAUCUUGAGGAGCAGAGCACGUGCGACAAGGGUUGUGUUGGUAUUCUUGGACGCUGGAAUGAUGGCUCUUUUGACAUCUGGGGCUUCUGCAGCGGCAGCCAUUGUGUACUUAGCACACAAAGGAAAUGGCAAGACAAAUUGGCUAGCUAUCUGCCAGCAAUUUAACUCAUUUUGCGAGCGAACCUCUGGCUCUUUGAUCGGAUCUUUUGUAGCAAUUGUUCUACUUAUGAUUAUGAUUUUCCUGUCUGGUGCAGCAUUGUCUCGUCGCCGUUGAAAGUAGUUUAUCAUCAUCACAACCUUGCAAGUUUAUGAGAACUACAUCUGGGUCUUUUAAUCUGCAAAUCAUAGUUCAUAUACAAAUUUGAGUGUGUUAAAAAAUGGCUAGAGGUCCAACUUGUCUUUGUGUGGGUGAUGUAUUGUUAUUUCUACCAAGUGGAUGUAAGAAUUAGCUUCAGUUUGUAAUGAGAACCGUAUGAAUACUAUAACAUCUCUGAGUCAGCCGAACAACAUAGAGAUUUCAACACAAGAACAAGAUAAAAAACGUUCCCAUUUGAGUAAAA